AUGAGUUUCUCUGAACAGCGCUUGUCCACGGGCUGGGUAUUCAAAGAUGGCGAGGACGAUGACGGUGAGGCCUGGAUGCCCGUGCCGACAGUUCCCUCGGUCGUCCAUCAGGACCUCAUGGCGAACAAAAAACUUGUUGAUCCAUAUUUGGGAUUCAACGAGCUCAAGGCCCGGUGGGUCAAUGAAAGGACGUGGCACUACCGGCAUGAGUUCCAGCGUCCGCAGGUCCCUGUCGGCGGCGCAGUUUCGCUUGUAUUCGACGGCCUAGACACGUUCGCCACGGUCCGACUUGACGGCGAAACAAUCCUCGAGAGCAGCAAUAUGUUUCUAGGUUAUCGCAUUGACAUCACCAAGGCACUGGCAUCGAAGGAAUCCCACGUGCUGGAUGUCAUAUUCGAUUGCGCCCAAAGCAAGGCACGCCAGAUACGCGAUCAACACCCGGGCCACAGAUGGGAGGGUUUCAAUGGCGACUUGUCGCGUUUGGCCGUGCGUAAGUCACAAUACCACUGGGGUUGGGACUGGGGCCCGGUCAUCAUGACAGCAGGUCUCUGGCGUGAGGUGCGCCUAGAGGUGUACUCGGCGCGAGUUAGCGAUUUGUGGCCACAGGCGCAGUUGGCCGCAGACCACCAAACGGCAACUGUGACAGGAGUCGCUGAAUUAGAUGCCGUAACGCCCGGAAGUUAUACCGCUCACUUCCACCUCAGCUUGCGUGGACAAGAAAUUGCAAGACAAGACGUCCCUAUCACGGCUGACCAACCGGCCCAAGCAACGUUUCAGGUCAACCAUCCGGAACUGUGGUGGCCACACGGCUACGGAUCCCAGACGUUAUACGAGUUGUCGGUAACAUUGACAGGUGGUGGAAUAGAACUACAUCGUGUCUCCAAGAAAUUCGGCUUUCGGACAAGCGAGGUCAUCCAACAGCAGGAUAAACAUGGCAAGUCCUUUUUUUUCCGAAUCAACGGAGUUGAUAUUUUUUGCGGUGGCUCUUGCUGGAUUCCAGCCGACAGUCUGCUCCCUAGCAUAAGUCCGGAGCGGUACAGGAAAUGGAUCGAGCUGAUGGUAGCAGGCGGCCAAGUCAUGUCCAGAGUAUGGGGCGGCGGAAUCUAUGAAGAUAAUGCGUUUUAUGAUGCCUGUGAUGAGCUUGGUGUGAUGGUCUGGCAGGACUUCAUGUUUGGUUGUGGUAACUAUCCAGCUUGGCCUGAGCUGCUGGACUCGAUACAGCAGGAGGCUGUUUACAACGUACGGCGACUACGGCACCAUCCGUGCGUUGUAAUAUACGUCGGCAAUAACGAAGAUUACCAAGUCCAAGAGCAGGUAGGGCUAACUUACAAUUAUGAAGAUAAGAACCCAGAAAACUGGCUAGCAUCAGACUUCCCUGCUCGCUAUAUCUAUGAGAAACUACUGCCAGAUGUAGUCGCCAAGUUUUCUCCAAGCACUGUAUACCAUCCAGGGAGCCCAUGGGGUGAUGGAAAGAGAACAUCUGAUCCCACUGUGGGAGAUAUGCACCAAUGGAAUGUAUGGCACGGAACACAAGAAAAGUACCAGAUUUUUGAAACACUGGGUGGCCGCUUCAACAGCGAGUUCGGAAUGGAGGCCUUCCCACAUAUGUCAACGAUUGACUUUUUCGUCGAGAAUGAUGCGGACAAAUUUCCGCAAUCACAGGUUCUUGAUUUCCACAACAAAGCUGAUGGUCACGAGCGAAGACUAGCGACAUAUUUAGUGGAAAACCUACGGAUGGCCACGGAUCUAGAGACGUACAUCUACCUUACACAAGUAGUUCAGUCAGAGACCAUGAUGUUUGGAUAUCGUGGAUGGCGCCGACAGUGGGGUGAUGAGCGCCAUUGUGGCGGUGCGCUUCUCUGGCAAUUGAAUGACUGUUGGCCGACAAUAUCGUGGGCAAUUGUUGACUACUUUCUGCGACCAAAGCCCGCAUACUACUCUGUUAAAAGGGUGCUGAAGCCCUUGGCAGUUGGUGUACAGCGUGAGCAUCACGACUGGAGUGCAGUACAUGCACAACCCCCUACACGCAGCGCGUAUACAAUGUGGAUUGCUAGCAGUCUGUCCAAGGUGGUAUACGGGACUGUGGAGCUACGAUUCAUUUCGGUGGUAACUGGACAUGACUUGCGUCCUCCAACUCUUUUCCAGAACGUCUCUAUUGUGCCCAAUGGCACAACUAACAUUAUAAAAGACGGGGUAAUUGAUCAUAUCGCUCAGCCGGAGCCGCAUGUUCUAGCUGCGCGCUUAUGGGUCGACAACAAGGUCGUCGCUCGAGACGUCGAUUGGCCACAGCCAUUUAAGUAUCUCGACUUUUCUGACAGGGGAUUAGAAGUAAAGCAGCUGCCUGGCCCUGUCUCUGGCCAGCAGGUUCUUCAUAUAUCCUCUCGAAAACCAGUGAAAUGCAUUGUGUUUGAAGAGCGAGAGAAUGUGCAACUCAGCGACAGCGCACUAGACAUUGUUCCUGGGGAUGAGCAGGUUAUAACGGCCACAGGGGUCAAAAAAGGCGACCCUCUGCUCAAUUUCCGCUAUCUAGGUCAAUAA